UUCUGGUUUAAUCACCGAUGGUCAUCGACCUUGGGAGCGAUAAAGCGGGUGUGACGGGGCGGAGGGGGCGUUUAUGGAUCUGACAAAGUUCAGGAAUUUAAAGUGAUACGACCUCACCUACUCCCUCAGCCACAGCCUCUGGGGAGGUGCAGGUGAACUCAUCAUGGCGCUGGUGUCGGAGUUUCUGGGCCAACUGACGCUGUCAUACGGCGGGGAAGAGGAGCCCACAUUUCCCACUGUGGUGCCGGUACAAGACUUUGACCCGGCCAAAGACGCCGCCAGGAUCGAGACAGCCAUCAAAACUAAAGGCGUCGAUGAACAGACGAUCAUCGAUAUCCUGACCAGACGAAGCUCCAGCCAGCGCAAAGAGAUCGCCUUCGAAUAUGAACGACUCGCCAAGAAGGAUCUGUCCACAGCCCUGAAGGGGGCGCUGUCUGGCCCUCUGGAGGCUGUGAUGCUGGGUCUAAUGAAGAACACAGUUGAGUACGACGCCUCCGAGCUCAAAGCUUCCAUGAAGGGGCUGGGAACAGACGAGGAGACGCUCAUCGAGAUCGUCUGCUCCCGGAGCAACGAAGAGAUGCUGGACAUAAAGAAGGUUUACAAAGAGAUGUUUAAGAAGGAGCUGGAAAAAGACGUCGCAGGAGACACGUCAGGAAACUUCGCUAAACUGCUGCUGGCUCUGGUUCAGACAAAGAGAGAUGAGCCUUCGAACGUUGUCGACUAUGAGAAGAUUGAUGAUGACGCCAGAUCUCUGUAUGAAGCUGGAGUGAAGAGGAAGGGCACCGACGUGACGACCUGGAUCGCCAUCAUGGCUCAGAGGAGCGUCCCCCAUCUGCGGAAAGUGUUUGACAGAUAUAAGAGCUACAGCCCCUACGACAUGAAGGAGAGCAUCAGGAAGGAGGUGAAGGGAGAUCUGGAGAAGUCCUUCCUCACUCUGGUGGAGUGCUUUGAAAACAGGCAGCUGUACUUCGCCAACAGACUCAGUGAAGCCAUGAAGAGUAAAGGAGCCAAGGAGAAGGUGGUGACCAGGAUCCUAGUUUCACGCUGCGAGGUCGACCUGAUGAAGAUCAGAACACAAUUCAAGAGGGAGCACAAACGAUCCCUGUACCAGACCAUCGCUGAACACACUAAAGGAGAUUACCAGAAGGCUCUGCUCAGUCUGUGCGGAGGAGACGACUGAGACCUGGGCUCUGUCAGGACUCCGCUUCCCAGAAGGCCUGUGGGUUUGAGCGGUUAGCUGACUGGAGACCUGCUCACAGCCCUUUGUCAUUUUCAUCUGAAACAUCUUGUGGAAUAAAGAAAAACUUUUCACCUGUUUGUGUUUGCCUGCGGUCUUAAUGGAGUGACCACCAGGGGGCAGCAGAGACACACAGAGACAUUCUGCUGAGCUGUACCUGCUCUGUACAUGUUCAUGGGUUACACACGUGUACAUAUACACACGUGUACAUGUAUGUACAAGGUCAAUGUGAGUCUUUACUACAAUCUGUGACGCUUUUUAUUUGUAUUAUACAUUCAUACAAAUAUUUUUCUCAAUACAAAUACUACACCAGAUGAAGAGCGAGGGCAGCAAAUACUCCAACAGCAAAAAAAAAAA